AUGACAGAUUUUGAACUCAUUCCAGACCCUGCGAAGUUGCCGCCGUUGAGGCUCCCAGAAGGAGUCACUUCGCGAUUUGUUGACACUUCGCCCGUUGGUCCGAAAUUUCACGUGUUAGAAUCCGUGCCAACUAAUCCAGUCUUCGAGAGUUUCACGCCUCUCAUUCUUCUCAUUCAUGGCUACCCAAACCUUGCAUAUGAUUGGAAUCAUGUGAUGCCCUCCCUCGCCGCGGCAGGGUAUUAUGUUGUCGCAUUUGACCAGAGAGGAUUUGGCCGCACACAUCGAGCAGACUUAAGGCCAUUUCCCGAGGAAAGCUUCCGGCCUAUAACACUGGCCCGUGACGUGACGGCGCUUGUUCACGCACUGGGCUAUGAGUCAAUCCAUACUCUUGUUGGCCAUGACCUUGGGGCGGCGACAGCCUCUAUUUUCACUUUGGCACGUAGCGACAUGGUAAAGUCGCUUGUUCUUUUCGACCAUCCAUAUGGUGGGCCACCGGCUCUUCCUUUUGGAAAUCAGAAGUCUUCAGGGGUGAAGCUGCCGCCGUAUAGCUUCAAAAACGCCUCGAUUGCCAAGGACCCGGACAUUCACGCUUCCCUACUCAAGUUCAACCCGCCUAGGCAGCUCUACAAGUGGUAUAAUACGUCCCCUUCAGCAGCCGACGAGUGGAGCUUCCCGACGGGCAAGCCUCUCCACGAAUUUCUGCGCGGAUACUUCCACUUGAAAUCAGCAGACUAUAGUGGGAACCAACCCCGUCGGCUGAAAUCGUGGACGGCAGAUGAACUCGCUGUUAUGCCGCAUUAUUACACCAUGCGCGCAGGACAUUCAAUGAGAGAGAAUGUGGCGCUCGACAUGGCCAAAGAGCCCUCUUCUGUCAGAGACAACCUGUCAAAAACUCCUUGGCUCCCAGACGAGGAGCUUGCUGUGUAUACCGCAGAGUGGUCGCGGACAUCGUUCAAGGAUGCUUUACGAUGGUAUAAGGUGUUUACUGACCCGAAUUUGGCACAGGAGCUGACUGUCUUUGCUGGGAAAAGACUGGCAGUGCCUACUAAACAUGUUGGCGGCGCAAAGGACUGGGGCAAUUAUCAGGUGCCGGGAGCAUUGGAGGCAAUGGAAAACGAGCAAAGUGUAGAGGCGGGGCUUUAUAAGGGGACUGUCAUCGUGGAGGGGGCUGGCCACUGGGUUAACUUAGAGAAGCCUGAUGUUUGUGCCAGGGAGAUCUUGAGUCUUGCAAGCUCAGUGCUAGAGGAAUAG